CAACAAUUCAUUUUUCUUUUAGAUUUUCAUGAGAAAAGUAUCUUUGAAAUGAGCGAUCUGAAGUAUUUGAGAGGUUUCGGUUCUGAAUUUUCCUCGGAAGACCCAAGAUGUCCGGGUGCUUUGCCCCAUGGCCAAAACAGCCCCAAAAAAUGUCCCUACGGUUUGUACGCGGAACAAUUGUCUGGAAGCGCUUUUACCGCACCGAGAAGUCAAAACAGGAGAAGUUGGCUAUACAGGAUAAGACCAUCAGUAGGCCACAAGCCGUUUGAAAAAUUCGAAGAGUCAAUUUUGACUCACGACUGGAGCGAACAAGAACCUGAUCCGAAUCAAAUGAGAUGGAACCCAUUUGAUUUGCCCCUACCUUAUGAAAAUGUAGAUUUUGUAGAAAGCCUAAAAACACUUUGCGGAGCUGGCGAGCCUAAAACUAAACACGGACUAGCUAUACAUGUCUAUGCCUGCAACAAAUCUAUGCGGAAUAGGGCUUUGUACAAUUCGGAUGGGGAUUUCUUAAUAGUUCCUCAAGUUGGUACUCUCCUUAUCACAACGGAAUUUGGCAAAUUGCAAGUUGACCCCAAUGAAAUUUGCAUCAUCCAACAAGGCAUGAGGUUCGCAAUUGACGUCACUAAACCUUCCAGAGGUUACAUAUUGGAAGUAUUCGGCAGGCAUUUUACUCUGCCUGAUUUAGGCCCUAUUGGUGCUAACGGUUUGGCUAAUCCCAGGGACUUUUUGCACCCGGCUGCUUGGUACCAAGUCCAAGACAACCAAGACUAUGAAAUUAUAAGCAAGUACCAAGGUAAAUUGUUUGUGUGCCAGCAAAGUCACAGCCCUUUCGACGUAGUGGCUUGGCACGGCAAUUACGUGCCGUACAAAUACGAUUUGGCCAAAUUUAUGGUAAUUAAUUCAGUGUCUUUUGAUCAUUGCGACCCUUCAAUAUUCACAGUUUUGACUUGCCAAUCGGACACAAGUGGUAUUGCGAUUGCGGAUUUUGUGAUUUUUCCGCCAAGGUGGUCAGUGCAAGAGCAUACUUUCAGGCCGCCGUAUUAUCACAGAAAUUGCAUGUCAGAGUUUAUGGGGCUCAUUUUCGGCGAAUACGAGGCUAAAAAAGGGGGAUUUCAACCUGGCGGUGCCACUUUGCACAGCAUUAUGACACCUCACGGGCCUGAUAAGAAUUGUUUCGAUUUUGCUAGCGAUGAAAUAUUGAAACCGUGCCGGAUAGCUGAAGGAACUCAGGCAUUUAUGUUUGAAAGUUGCUUGGGACUGGCGGUGACCAAAUGGGGUGCCGAAACUUGCGAAAAAUUGGACCCGGAAUAUUUCAAAUGCUGGCAAGGCUUGAAGAGCAACUUCACAGGUCCCCAAUAGGAAUUUUCCCAUUUCAUAUUAGUUUUAAUUAGAUUGUUAAUUGUUGGUGAUAUUUAUUCCAUUUUAAUAAAGUACUUAUUUGAAUUUUUAUAGUGGCGUCAUCUAUUAGUGAGUGAAAGACACAAAACUAGGUACCGUUGUACCGCUGGUACGAUACAAAUUUACAGAAAACUGUAAUCAUGUGUAGGAUUUUAAGAGCAACUUCACAGGUCCCCAAUAAGGUUUUUCCCAUUGUAUUUUAGUUUUAAUUAGAUUGUUAAUUGUUG